GCCUCCUGGCGCCCUUCCGGGGCUCGAGUGCAGCGGAGAAAGUGCUCCGGGGCCGGCGGCGGAUACAGCGAGGCGAGGAGAGGUCGCUGGGCUGAUCAGGGGCUGCUGUACCUGCGGAAAGGGCGCGGGUCCCCGGAGGGACGUCCCUCAGAGGAGAGGUGGGGGCCCGGCGCUCCCCGCCCUCGGUAGGGCCGGGCCGGACAGGAGGGGCCUUCGCUACCGGGAGAGUGGGCUCGGCCGUGGUGGCCGCGGCUGGUCCGAGGGACGGCCCUUGGCGGGAAGUCUUCCCUGUGAGGAGACCGGGGGCUCGCACAGAAGUAUAUGCUUGCGGUCUUACGGCUGGAUUAAACACCUUUAAAUGGCUCUGUAGCCUAAACACAGGCUGUUAAAACUGUGUAUGUUAUCGUGAUAAAUUCCCACCGCAGAGUUUUCUGAGCACAAAUGGAUCCUUGGUUGUUUUACCUAAGUUAAGUGAUGGAAACAUACACUAAAGAAAAAAAAGUCACCCUUUGGUCUUUGACAUUCAUAUUUGUAUGAAAGAAUCUAGUAUGUCCCAAGAAAAGACAUCAGACAAUUGCUUAAAUAUAAUAACACCAUCUACUGAAGUUGGUGCUUGCCAAAUAAAGGGCCAUAAUGCAAGAAUCCUUAGCCCAGAAGAAGCUGAGAAACUGGCAAAUGAUCGUGUUUUAGUGUCUGAGUUCAAACAACUGAAAUUGGAGAAAGAGGCACAGAAGAACUGGGAUCUAUUUUACAAAAGAAACAGCACCAACUUCUUCAAAGACAGACAUUGGACAACCAGAGAGUUUCAAGAGUUAAAUGCAUGUCGAGAGUUUGCAGCUCAGAAACUGACCAUUCUGGAAGCAGGCUGUGGGGUUGGCAACUGCUUGUUUCCACUCUUAGAAGAAGAUCUGAAUAUUUUUGCAUAUGCCUGUGAUUUCUCACCUAGAGCUGUUGAAUAUGUGAAGAAAAAUGCCUUAUACAGUACUGAAAGAUGUAAAGUGUUCCAGUGUGAUCUUACCAAAGAUGAUCUUCUAGAAAAUAUACCAGCAGAUUCUGUGGAUGUUGUCACACUUAUAUUUGUGCUUUCUGCCAUUCAUCCUGACAAAAUGCAUCUUGUCUUGAGGAAUAUCUACAAGGUAUUAAAACCAGGCAGGUGUGUAUUGUUCAGAGACUAUGGACUGUAUGAUCAUGCAAUGCUCAGGUUCAAAUCUGGCAGCAAACUUGGAGAAAACUUUUAUGUUAGACAAGAUGGUACAAGAUCGUAUUUUUUUACUGAAGAGUUCUUGUCUCAGCUCUUCAAGGCUGAGGGAUACGAGCAAGUGGUCAAUGAAUAUGUGCAGCGAGAAACUGUGAAUAGGAAAGAAGACUUGUGCGUGCCAAGAGUUUUUCUUCAAAGCAAAUUUCAAAAGCCUUUCAAUAUGAAAUAUGGAUGCUGUUUCUGAUUCAAGUAGAAGAUGGUUUAGUAAUGCAGGCAACCUGUUUAAUAUCUGUAUUUCUGCUUCUAAAGUAAAUGCUGUACAGCAUUCUUGGAGGAUCAGGUAAAGCACACUAGAUAUGGUUAAUUUUAAGCAUUAGUUUCCAUCAGUUAUUAUAAUAAUUGUUAUUUCCAUUUUAAUU